AUGCGGCGCGAUGCGCGUGUUUUAGUGGCAGUCGACCAAUCACAGGGCGCCGAGACGGCGUUUCACUUCGCGCUGAGCCUGCUGUCGCGCAACGCCACCAUAUAUGCGUUACAUGUCCGGGACCCCAAUACAGAGUCGACGUGGAUGUACGAGGCAGAGCAGUGCAACAGCACUGGCCAGGCGUUGGUGUGGGAGUAUGAGGUGGAGGCGCGCGCAGAGGAUUUGCUAGCGCGAUUCCGAGGAAUGGCGCAUGCAGCAGGGAUAACGUGCCAUGCAGUGUCGCGCAAGGCCAACGAUGCACGCGCAGAGCUGUGCGAGGCGGUGGAGCGGCAGGCCAUAGAGCUGCUCGUGGUGGGGUCAAGAGGGCUAGGAGCUGUGUCCAGAGCCAUGCUUGGGAGUGUGAGCGACUAUUUGAUCCACAACGCGGCUUGUCCAGUGUUGGUUGUGCCCAAUCCAUUCCAACAGUGA